UUGGGUUCGGAUUAAUACGGCGAUGGCCCUCUUGGAACUGAUUGUGCUGCUGGUGGCAUUUGCCAGUUGCCUAGUUAGAACCGACGAUGUAUUUUUGAAAGAGCCACCAGAUUACAUCAAAGAGUGUAGGAUAGCCGACAAGGACUUUGUCAACUGCUCGACCCACAGCAUCCAGCAGCUAUUCGACAAACUCAACGAUGGCAUACCCGGGCUCACCAGCAUCAAAAGCUUCGAUCCCUUCUAUCUCAACCGCAUACGGAUCACGCAGGGCAAUAGCAACGCAAUCAAUCUCAAGGUGGAGCUGGCUAACGUCAAGAUCAUUGGGUUCGGGCACACGAACGUCCUGGAGAGUCAGGUGUUUAAGAAGGACUACAGCUGGAAGACCACCUUCACACUGCCCGAGAUGAAGCUCCAGGCGGACUACAGUCUGUUCGGUCGGAUCUUGCUCAUCCCGCUCAACGGAAAGGGGCAGGUGUUCCUGGACGCGGAGAACAUGACGGUCACCAUGCACACGAAGACACGGCUCUACUCCAAGGGCGGGUUCACCUUCUACAACGUGACCAACCUGCACGUGGACUUUAAAAUGGAUGGGCUCAAGUCGUAUUUUUCCAACCUGUUCAAUGGCAAUAAGCAACUGGAGGACAGCACCAACAAGUUUUUUAACGACAACUGGCGCAUGCUGGCCGAUGCCCUGUACACGGUCAUCACCCAGACCAUCGAGGAUAUUCUGCUAGACGUGCUGAAGAAGAUAUUUCACUUCAUUCCUGCCAACUUCUUUGUGAGCGACAUCCCGACGCCGGAACAGCUUUAUGGAAGGGCCAAGCCGAAGCCGAAAUGA